CGGGCGACUGAACAGUGCAACAACAGUCUGUCACUUCAGUCUUCUUUGUUUUUUUUUUUCGUGUUAAAGUUGACUGCAUACUUUGCUCUUCUGUAUUAAAAUGGACUGUGCAUUUGAAAACCUGGAUGCAGCUGGUUUCCUGGAAAUCUGGCAGCACUUUGAUGCAGAUGAUAAUGGCUACAUUGAGGGCAAAGAGCUUGAUGACUUUUUCCAUCACAUGAUGAAGAGGCUCGGUCCACAGGAGAAAGUGACUGAAGAGAAAGUUCAGAGACUGAAGCAGAGGUUCAUGUCCGCCUAUGAUGUCACUGCUGACGGGAAGCUACAGAUUCAGGAGUUGGCCAAUAUGGUCCUCCCUGAAGACGAGAACUUCCUGUUAAUUUUUCGAAGAGAAGCUCCUUUGGACAACAGUGUUGAUUUUAUGAAGAUAUGGAGGAAGUACGAUACUGACUGCAGUGGCUAUAUAUCAGCUCAGGAGCUCAAGGCUUUCCUGAGAGACCUGCUCCAGCAGCACCACAAGGAAGUGUCAUCUGACAAGCUGGACGAGUACACCGACACAAUGAUGAAAAUCUUUGACAAAAACAAGGAUGGCCGUUUGGAUUUGAACGACCUGGCCAGGAUCUUGGCUUUAGAAGAGAAUUUCCUGCUCCAGUUCCAGAUGGAUGCCAGCAGUAAAGAGGAGAGGAAGAGAGACUUUGAGAAGAUCUUUAACCAUUAUGAUGUUAGUAAGACAGGAGCACUGGAGGGUCCUGAGGUGGACGGCUUUGUCAAAGACAUGAUGGGAUUGGUCAGGCCCAAUAUCACAGGUCCUGAGCUGGACAAGCUGCGAACCAUUCUACUGCGUCACUGUGACGUCAACAAGGACGGAAAGAUCCAGAGAAAUGAGCUAGCUCUGUGUCUGGGAGUCAAGCCUACACCUUAGACAAAGAUCUGUGUUAUGAUAUUGUACUAUGAAACAUUCACUCUGUAUUUGUUGUAGCCAACAAUGCUGUGUUUUCAUCAGGUUAAUAAAGGUCUAUAUUCACUGUGUUAUUUGAUGUCGAAUAAGACAGAAACACAACUGGAUACCGUGUACUAUGAUUUCAAAUUGUGCAUGUUUUAAGGCAAAAAGAAAACAAUGAGAUGUGAAUGUUUUUGGGGGCUAAAAUGGAUGUCUGGUGCUGUAAGAUCUGUAGUAUAUUAAUCAGUUUGUCAGUGAGUGAACAUGUCAGUGUAGCUUUUGAAAACACAGAAUGUUUUUCAAUGUUGUAUCAAGUUUUAUUCUUUUAGUUUGGAGCUGGAAUACGGUGGUCAUUACUGAGAUUUGGCCACUUGCAUGUUUCUCAGCCAAAUAAAAAAUCUUAAGUACA